AUGGUGAUUGCAACAGCGGCAGCUGCUGCUGCCGCGGGCAUGACCCCAGGUACUGCUACGAAGGUGUUCGAAUACAAUCGAGACAAUUUCAUGGAGGAUCGUGAGCAGCGUAUGAAAAAGGAGUUUCGCGAGCGGAGGUAUCGCGUUGUCCAGGCGCAGCUCUGGCGUCAGGACGUGCGGGACUUCGUGUCCCUCACAGAGCAGAAGAUGUCUCUGUAUCUCAUCAUCAACGUUCUCCUGCUCAGCUUCACGGUCACGAUGUGGGUCGAAGGUCAGCUUCCCGAAACCACUCCGGAUUGGCUGGUCAUGGGCUAUCAGAUUGCCUCCGUGGUCGCUUUCUCCUACUUGGUAUUGACCAUUUGGCUUGCCAUGCACGCUGCGAUCGCUGCGCAGAGUUACCAGACCAGGGUUCUCACGCAACUCGUGCGCUUGCCAAUUCCGACCUGGAAGGAGUUGGAGGCUGCCCGCACGGCGGGUUCAGAGUUCGAAAAGGUGGAAUCCAGGCAGAUGUUCCGCGUGCCGUUUGUCACCGGAAAGCAGGAAGACUUCGUUCCAGGACAUUCAGCAUCUCCUGAUGAUGAGACUCGCUCAUUGGAAGAGUCUCGCAACACUGGCGGACCUGACAAGGUCCAUGGGGCUGUGGCCACGGAUCCCUGGGGCCUUGAGCAACGGGGAGAUGGAAUCUACGAGCUCGGCUGCUACAGUGGCGCUGAGGUCGCCGAGUUGCGGCACGUGAAGCUGCUGCGCCAGGCCGCGGUCUACUGGCAGACCUACGAUGCCUUCGCACGAGUGUCGAUGAGCGUGGGCAUCAACCAGCUUAUGCUUGGCAUGAGCUACUACAUAUUGGGGUCAGAGCCCUAG